CCAUAAUGCAUAGCCAUGCUAACAUGACCUGAGCAAAUCAGACUGCGAGCAAAAACAACAACAGGCUAGCGUUUCCACUUUGCAGGUAGCUGCAUGACUCCGAAAAUAACGACCAGCACGAUCCUAGCGCUGUAAUGUAACCAUUCCGAAACAAAAAUGCACGGUAGCCUUAUGAUGUGAGCUCUGUUGCGUCCACGCUUUUGUUGGGGGCUGAAUUUAUACUAACUUGUGUUUUGAGGGGACAGUUUGCAUGCUAGCUGUUAGCUCCGUUCGUCUCUAUGUUUGAGUGUCUUUCGGCGGCAGUGGCGGCAGCAGCAGUGCCAUGAACAGUGGACUCCCAGCCUCCGCUCCGCUCGGAGGUCCCGGGAUACCCAUAAAGGUUAAGUUUUGCAGAUACUAUGCAAAGGACAAAACUUGCUUUUAUGGAGACGAGUGCCAGUUCCUGCACGAAGAUCCGUCCAUGGCCAACCUGCCACUUCACGGUGGCGGCAGUCCCGUCCCUCUGUCCAUGGCCGGAGGAGGAGCGACGCCUGCGGGAUACGCGCUCAGCGGAUCAGCGGCAUCUGGUCCGAACAGCGGAACUGUGUCGAAAAAGAGUGAGAACCUGGGGCCCACUGGAGCAUCUCUGGACGGACAGCUGCUACAGAUCCCUGGGAUGGAGGGAGCAAACCUGAGUGAUGCCAAUCUCACCAACUCCUAUUUCAGCAGCAGCUUUAUUGGGGUAAAUGGUUUUGGAAGUCCAGCAGAGUCAAAGUAUUCUAUGAUGCAGCGUAUGACUACCAGCAGCAGUUCUCCAAGUCUCCUUAACGAUGGUGCCAAGAAUUUCAGCCACAGCAGUCAUGAUCCAGUAAACUCUCCAACAUCAUCACUCUUUAGUGAUUUUGGUGCUCUUAACAUUUCCCAAAGGAGGAAGACUCCUAACCCGGCAGCAAGUGAGUUCAUCCCUAAAGGAACGCCACGUAUGACUACUAUGGCUCAGUCUACUGUCCCAGCUUUCCCCUCGACUAUAUUUCCUCAUCCUGCCCUUAGCAGCUCUACAGCAGCUGCUUUGGCACCAGGAAUGUCUUUAUCUGCAGGAUCAUCUCCUCUUCACUCUCCCAAAAUUACACCUCACACCUCACCUGCACCUCGUCGGCGCAGUCACACACCAAACCCGGCCAAUUACAUGGUGCCCAGCACUGCUACUGACCCGGCCUCCCACAUCAUACAGAAAGAGACUGUGGGAGGAACCACCUACUUUUACACAGACAACACACCAGCUCCAAUGGCUGGAAUGGUGUUUCCUUCCUAUCAUAUCUAUCCCCCCACUGCACCCCAUGUGGCCUACAUGCAGCCUAAAGCCAAUGCUCCAUCCUUCUUCAUGGCUGAUGAACUCAGACAGGAGUUGAUAAAUAGACAUUUGAUAACAAUGGCACAGAUUGACCACUCAGAGAAUCCAGAUGUCCCUUCUGAGGUGGACAGCUACCAUAGCCUUUUUCCACUAGAGCCUCUCCCACCUCCAAACCGCAUGCAGAAGACCAGCAACUUUAGCUAUAUCACCUCCUGCUACAAAGCAGUCAACAGCAAGGAUGAUCUUCCUUACUGUUUGAGGAGAAUACAUGGGUUCCGCCUUGUUAACACAAAGUGCAUGAUGCUUGUGGACAUGUGGAAGAAAAUUCAACAUUCGAACUCUGUGACACUGAGGGAGGUCUUCACCACCAAAGCUUUUGGGGACCACUCGUUGGUGUUCUCUUAUGAUUUCCAUGCGGGUGCAGAGACCAUGUACAGCAGGCACUUCAAUGACCCAACUGCAGACUCUUUCUUCACAAAGAGAAAGUGGGGGCAACAUGAACCUCCCCCUCCACGUCAACAUGCAGGUCUACUGCCUGAGUCUCUAAUAUGGGCAUACAUUGUCCAGCUCAGCUCUGCCCUGCGAACAAUCCACACUGCAGGGUUGGCUUGUCGAGUUAUGGAUCCCAGCAAGAUUCUAAUUACUGGCAAGACCAGGUUACGGGUGAACUGUGUAGGAGUGUUUGAUGUCUUAACAUUUGACAACAGUCAGACCAAUCAUCUGGCCCUAAUGCCCCAGUAUCAGCAAGCAGACCUUGUCUCUCUGGGGAAAGUGGUGCUGGCAUUAGCUUGUAACUCUCUGGCUGGAAUUCAAAGAGAGAACCUGCAGAAAGCAAUGGAGCUGGUGUCCAUCAACUACUCCUCAGAUCUCAAGAAUCUUAUUCUGUACCUGUUGACUGAACAGUCACGUAUGCGCAGUGUCAACGACAUCAUGCCAAUGAUUGGAGCUCGCUUUUACACACAGCUGGAUGCAUCCCAGAUGAGAAAUGAUGUAAUCGAGGAAGACCUUGCAAAGGAAGUUCAAAAUGGCCGCCUCUUCCGCCUGCUUGCUAAACUGGGCACCAUCAAUGAAAGACCAGAGUUUCAGAAAGAUCCCACUUGGUCAGAGACAGGGGACCGUUACCUGUUGAAACUUUUCCGAGAUCACCUCUUUCACCAAGUCACAGAAGCUGGAACGCCCUGGAUAGACCUCAGCCACAUUGUUUCCUGCCUCAACAAACUGGACGCUGGUGUUCCUGAGAAAAUCAGCCUGGUAUCUCGGGAUGAAAAGAGUGUUCUGGUGGUGACCUACUCGGAUCUGAAGCGUUGCUUUGAGAGUACCUUCCAGGAGCUGCAGGUUGCUGCCUCUGGUUCUCUGUAGCCCCCUUGUUCCUGGGACAGGGUGUUCCAGUUCUAGAGCACACUAUUGCACUACAGUGGAGGAGCAGGAGGCGCGGUGCGAGUGGAGUGACAUCAGCAUGGCAAAGGCAGCAGGGCAGGGCUUCAUGAACCUCAGUCUUAUACACUGACCCUGUCCAUCAGGAAGGCUUUUUCUAAAGUGUAUCUUUUUUAUUUUUUCAUGAACCCCACAGCUUAAACUGGUGAAAGAAAAGGACAUGCAGAAGCUGUGACAUUUUUUUAGAUUUGGGGAACAAACAAAAAAACUUUUCCUGCUUUUAUUGUUUAAUUCUACUGUUGGGGUUAUUUUUCUGCAGCGGAUGCACUAAGAUUUUAAUUUUUUGUUAAUUUUGUUUAUUUUUAUGAAUGUGUGGCUUACAGGAUGUACAGAAAGGGGACAAAAGUCACAUGGGACUAUUACCAGAAGAGACGGAUUUAACAAAGCAUUGACCUCUUCCAAGUGGAGACACCCCUUCAUUCUGACGCACUAGGAACCGGAACACAUCAUUCGAGGCAUUUGUGGGAGGUUGGUGCUUUUACAGACCAAGCCCAUCUUUGCCCUGGCUGAUGGUUCCUCUUCAAAAGGACAAACCACUUGGGUGGAAUGCGAGUCUGAAAACAAACGAUUCAGGAAAUGAUUCAAGGAUAGACAUUGACUCAGAAUGGUAAGGCAUCAUUUGUGAGUAGUUUUUUGGGCGUGUUUAUGUGAUCCAGCACUGAAGAAGGGGUGUCUUCUCUUAAUACGUAAUUUUAGGUGUUUGUUACACAUGUAGCGACCACCAUGAAUAAUGGGACACUUUAGUGACCAGAACUGCAUUGGGGGGAGAUAAUGCGCAGCACUUGGUAUGGUUUAUGGGCAGGGCUUCUGUGGAGGUGGACCCAGAGCUGCCUCUUUGUGGAAUGUCCUUAUUUUGUCCUCCCCAUCCGCCUCUCUCAGCCUUUACCCAAACCUCACGUUCCAUCACUGCCCCCCCUUUCUGUUUAAGAGAAAUGAUGGUUUAUGAAUUAUUUUUCUAUCUGGAAUUUCACUUUGCUCAGUUGUGCAGAAACAUAAGAUUGGUUACAGGAGUGCAGUUUUGUUUUCCCACAUUCGAACUGUAUUUUCUUUGUGGACCAAUUCCAUGUGGGUUAGUUUAGGGGGUUUUGCUUGAGAGUCAAUGAAAUGAGGGCAGAGGACACCAACAGAUCUUUGUUUUAUUUGAAUUUUUUAUGAUCAUGAAAUGCAGACCAUGCUGGAGACAAAUUGGCUUGUAAUGGUUUGGGUUUCUCUCAGGAUGACACACAGCUGGAGGGCCCCAAUGAUUGAAUGUGUUUAGCUGUCAUUGGGUUGUCCUUUGCCCAGUCUGAUUGGCCUGCUACAGUGGUGUGGGUGGGACUUCAUCUGCUGUUGCGAAUGACUUUGUGACGAUCAUGCUGGAAAGAUUUUAUGUUGCCCUUAAGUACAUUGCAUAUUCUGCAGAAUCAAGUGUAACAUUUUAUUUAUUACUUGUAUCAAAUGGCAUUUUCAGGCAGACUUGAGUUGUUUAUAUCAACCACUUUGUCCACAUAAGGAUAAUGUUUAUAAGUUUAUGAUAAUAAUGAAAUCUGUGUCCACAUUGUUGGGUAUUCACUGUUCUUAGGGGCAACAUUUCCUAUAUUAGAUCAUGUACUACUUCUACCUUUUUAGCAAAAUUAAUGAAAAGAUAAGUAUCUUUGGUGAAUGUGGUGCUUUAGAAACCCUCAAAGACACAAACUCCUGUCGGACACAAAGUUCAUUUCAUUAACAAUGCACUCCAAUAAUGUUAGCGAUGACCUUCUCCCCACAUCACACUACUACAAUCAUCAUCUUAGUACGUUUUAAGACCCUCUUGUGUUCAUUGUCUCAGAUUUUGCAAUAUUUGUGUGUACAGCAGUAUUUUAAUAAAGAAUACCAAAAUUA